AUGUCUGAAUACGAAAACUUGGUUAAGAGUUUGGACAAGUCUGCCAUUCUUAGCAAAUGGUCUGAGGUUACACCAUUAGAACAGAUUUCUGGGAUUCCACGUUCUGCGGGCUCAGAAUCUUCAUCUGCCGAUGAAUUCCUUGCUGGACACGAUGAAGAACAAAUUCGUUUGAUGGAGGAAUUGUGCAUUGUUUUAGACUACAAUGAUGAACCAGUUGGUGCUGGUACCAAGAAAUUGUGUCAUAUCAUGGAUAAUAUCAAUGAAGGUUUAUUGCAUCGUGCUUUCCUGGUUUUCCUUUUCAAUGAACGUGGAGAAUUACUUUUACAGCAAAGAGCUUCUGAAAAGAUCACUUUUGCUGAUAUGUGGACUAACACUUGUUGUUCCCACCCUUUAUGUGUUCCUAGUGAACUUGGAGUCUCUGAAACAAAGCGCGAUAUUAAUAGUUUGGAAAAUGCCGUUGCUGGUGCAAAAGUAGCUGCUCAAAGAAAGCUUGAUCAUGAGUUAGGUAUUGCAAUCAGGGAUGUUCCAACUGAAAACUUUGAUUAUUUAACCAGAAUUCACUACAAAUCCCCAAGUGGAGCUAAAGACAGUAAAUGGGGUGAACAUGAAAUUGAUUACAUUUUAAUUUUAAAGACCAAGAAUGAUAUUCCUUUGAACCCAAACUGGAAUGAAGUAAGAGACCAUAAAUGGGUCACUGCUGAUAAACUCCGGGAAAUGUUUGAAGAUUCAUCUUUGGUCUUUACCCCAUGGUUCAAAUUGAUUUGCCAAUCCUUUUUGUUCAAAUGGUGGGAUAAUUUGAGUGAUUUGACCCAAUUCCAAGACGAUACUAUUCACCGGUUGCUUUAA